AUGGCGCUGCGCGCGACGAGGUUGGCGUUCUUCGAUGACCCGUCGAUGUUGGAUGCCCCUACCACGGUCCUCUGCCACCUGGAGGUCUGCGUUCUCUUCCUAGUCUUCUCCCUCCUUCACUCGACUCAUCGCUCAGCCGAUCGUCUUUUCCUUGUGUAGGAGGAAGGUGCUCGCCAUGCCAUAAUCCUCGAUUCCACCUUGUUUCAUCCACAGGGCGGCGGCCAGCCUGCCGACACUGGCUUUAUAGCCGUCUCCGGCUACCCCGGGCUCAAGUUCAUCGUGGAGGACGUCAGGUCAAAGAACAAUGGUGUGGUAAGAAUUCGGCCACCCCUCUUCUUCUCUCUACUCGAUGAAGACGUCCGUUACUUGCGCAUGCCUAGCAGUCUAACAGUGUUUUGUGUGUGGUUUUCCUGCCAUGGCUUCUUGGGAUUUAACCCGAAACUUCUUCAACGACAGGAUAAGUAAUGCUUAAGACGAUUCCAUACGCGGCCCCGAUUCUUUGAUCUUUUCUCUUAUGUUUGAGUUGAAGCAUUUUAUGGUUUCCCAAUUGUUUAGGUCUAUCAUUAUGGCGUAUUUGAAGAUAAUCAAAAUACACAUGGCAUUCAGCUCAAAGAAGGUCAAGAAGUUCAUCUGUAUGUUAAUGCACAAAGGCGCAACUUGAAUUCCAGGUGCAACAUUUAUAGACUGAAAAAGGAUUUUCUUGUUUUUGCUUAUCUGUAAUCAUAAACCUUGCCAUAGUUCCAUUGACCCUGAACACUUUAUGACGUCUUGUUUUUGAAAAGAUUCCUUCGAUAAACCUCCAAAUAUUACCACCAGGGUUCUUAAAAAGUAUCAUUUGGUUCAUACCCUAAGCUUCUGAUGCGUCUCGUUUGUAUAGAAUAAUCAAAGUGCAAGAUAGCCAAUCAAAUACCAAUUCUAGUUCUAUAGAUUCUUUGAUGCAGACUUAAGCACUGCUUCAGAUAAGCGGUCCCUAAAUCUGAUCUGGAUGGAUGCAAGUUCAAUUUUUUCCUGAUCUGUUGACUCAGAUAGGAAUCGGCACAUAAUUCUAUAGACUUACGGAAUGAAUUCCAGAAAAGUGAUUCCAGAGGGUAUGAGCCAAAUGAUAAGUAUCAAUUGAGCCUAAUUUCGAACUUAUCUGCUUCCCUCAUCAUAUUUCUUUUAGGCAGGGUAGGAGAAGAUUGUGUGACAGUGCUUUAAUUCCAUCCUUAUGUUUGCUGUAUUUUCCUUAUUUUAUGUCCACCUGUGCGUGCACAAAUUUUUAACUUCUUCAAAGAAUAUAUCAUUCUAUUGAUCACAAAAUUUUAUCAUUUUUUAAUUUUCUUGCUCUACAUUGAGCCAUGGACAAAACAUUUGCUUUAAGUUUACUAAGUGUUGCACUAAUAUAUUUUUCUAAAUGUAGGCUCCAUUCAGGUGGGCAUUUGUUGGAUAUAUGCAUGCAGAAUGUCGGUCUAUCUUAUUUAGAACCAGAAAAGGGUUACCACUUUCCAGACGGGUGGGUUGCUGUUUAAAGUUCUGCCUCCAUCCAGUUCUUCUGAAUUACCUAUCUUUCGCUUAUCAUUUUAGUUUGUAUUAUUCGUCUAGAACAGUUUUCCCUAAUUUAUUUGUUAUCAAGAAAGUGUUGAUCCCGUACUUUGAAAAUUAAUUCAUUUGUGCAAAUCUCUUAGCUGCCUUACUGUUACAAUGCUUAUAUUUUGUGCUUAGAAAGUAGGGAUAGGAGAGGGAAGAGGAUGUGAAGAAAAACUAAUCAAAAUAUUUCCUUUGUGGUGACGUUUGAGGAGGAAAGAGAUGUAUAUGGAGAAGAAAAAGUGAAAGAUAGCUGAGAACCACAAGCUCUUGUAGUUCACAUGUAAUUUCAAUUUUCAGGAUAAUGACAGUGUACUAGUGUUCAUUUUUUCCUUCAGAGUUUCCAUAUUUGAGAGGGAACUGCUACUAAUUCUUUGGAUUUAGUAUGAUGGCAUGUGCUCUCAAAUUAAUUCAUUUGGAGACAAGUGUAUACUGUCAAUUCUUGAAUUUGAGAUGGAGAUUUUCUAGAUCUUUGCAUGCAAUCACGCACAAAGGAAAUUUUUCAUGAUCAAAAUAGUUCUGCCUGACUCAUACACGAUUUCUUGUGGAUCUCACAUCACAGUCUUCUUCUAUGUUUAUCUAUUUAUGGAUCUAAUGUGUGCGUGAGAUUGUUCUGUGUCCUACGUAAAUUCGUUUGUUGCGGUAGUGCUAAAUUUUACUGGUAUACUGGUUGUGGUUGACUAAUAUGUCAUUUAAAAUUAUCCCUUUUUACCCAGUAUAUUGCUAUACUGGAAACACCUGUAAUAAAUUGUAUUCUUAGAUUGAUGGAUAGCCUGGUUGUUUGUUUGUCUCUUGGAUUGUGUUUGUUACAGCAACUUGACUAUGUAUCUGAAUUUUGUUUUAUCUGCGCUUUCGUCAAAACUUUUUCAGAGGAAAUUAUGUUUCCCCUUAUAUUAAGCACAUUUUUCCUCAUUUCCAUAUGUGCUAUUCCAAAGUCUGUGGGCACUUUGGAGGAUUCCUUCCUGGUUGCAGUACUUUAAACUGCAUAACCCAUAAGGUAAUUUUCUGCAUUCGAACAAGCUUCUGAGGCUGUAGUAAAUCCCUUUUAUGUCUGAGUUGCAUUGGCCAGGCACUCAGUAUUGCCUUGUUUUUUCUUUGAAUGAGGAUAGUUCGAUGUGUUGAGGGUUGAUGUCAGGUAGGCAUCCAAUCAAAAAACUUUGUUUCAUCGUCCUCAGAGAAAUCUUGCUGAUCUUAGUUUGCUCUUCUAGGGUUCACGACGAUGAUAUACUUCCAUUUGUACAUUAAUAUUACUUUGCAGGCCAUUUGUGGAGUACAAAGGCACUAUCCCAUCAGAUCAGUUGCUAACCAAACAAAAAGAGCUGGAAAUAGAAGCUAAUGCAUUAAUUGCUACUGGGUGUAAGGUCAGUGAUAUACCCAGAGGUCAAUUGUUGACUUAUCAAGUACUUUUUGAAACUGUCAUGUCUGGUUUCAUAAGGAUUCUUCUUCUGAAAUGAGAAUCAUCUUCAUUCAGGUGUCGGCGGCUGUUGUACCUUAUGACGAAGCUUCUGAGUUGUGCGGUGGAAUCCUGCCUGGUUACAUCUCAAAGGUUAGCGUUUACACGGCAUAGGGCUGUGAUCUUCAAUUGAUAAUGAAAUUUAAUUAUUUCUAGUCAUGUUCAAGUCAUCUAAUAUAAAAUUUGGAUCACUUAAGUUGUUUCAUGCAAAGUUGUCUGUUUCCUUUAGUAGUCUGUAGCGUUUUAUAUCAAGAAAUAUAUUUAUUUCUGCUAGAGAAAUGUAAGUAUUGGCAACAGACUAAAUUCCCAAGCACAGACAAUCCAACAGCAGUGCUCUGCAAGCAUAGGAGCAAUUCCUCCACCCCCACCCAAAUUCAGCCACUCCCCCAUUGCCCAAAUUUUACAAAUGCAUGCAUUUAGCAGAUGCCAUCUGAACUUUCAACCAAAGGGUUAUGGCCUGAGACGCACUGAAAAUGUUGAUCCAUCUUUUACAAUCAGAUCCCUUGGCCCAGGCUCUUUAAUAUCAAAGGGAAGAACAUAUAAGCCAUUGAUGAGUGGUAAAAUUUCUCAGAAACAACCAGCGGAAUGGAAGGACUACUCGUUAUUGGCGACCUGGCAUGUUACUUCUAUUGUUAUUCUAAACCAUCAUCUUCUUUCUGCUGUUGGUCUGUGCUGUUGCAUUAUCUGCUUUAGUAAGCCAAAAACCUUUUAUUUUUCUUUUAGCUCUGUCUCUAAACAAUUUCUUCUUGAAUACAUGCAGGAUAGCAAUCCACGCAUAGUUAGGGUAGGAAGCAAUCCUGGCUGCCCCUGUGGAGGUACUCAUGUUGCUGAUAUUGCUGACAUUGGAAGCUUUAAGGUAUUAAUUGCAGUGGCAUUCUAUAGCUCUCUUUUCCAAAAUAUUUGUGCUUUUAUUGCUUCCUCUUGUUUCUUGGCACGAACAAGAUUCCCACAAGAUCAGGAAUAAUAAUCAUCAUAAUAUACUCUUACAGUACUAUCGGUCGGAUUUGUGAAGGUAAAUUCACUUUAGUGGCGAUGGGCCACAAAGUGUACGGUAGCAUACUGAAUAUCGACAUGGCAUGUUACUUCUAUCAUAGACAAAUAUGAAAACUUACCCAAUAUAUGCGUUUAAGUUGUUUUUUUGUUACUUUCUCACUGGGAGAUGCCAUCAAGUUAAUAAAGUAGUAGCUCCAAUUCGAGUGUAGUCACUGUGAUUUCAUGUGGGCGGCAUGGAAAACUUGACCAACGAUAAUCAGCACCCACCCUGAUGGAAAGUUUAGUUUUUGAACUCAGUUGAACCUCCAUUAUCAUUGUGAUCAUCCAACUCAAAAUCAAUUGGUAAUGAGUGGAGGAUGCUCGUUUCAAUUACCACUUCCGUUUCACAUUUUUUUUCUAAAACGUGGGUAUUCCAACGAGAGGCUCGACCACUAGAUAAUCUGACAACUUCGGUUUGAAAUAUAUCAUAGCCAACAAACGCCUCCAAUUUACUGUUUAUUUAUGACCCACCUGCCAUUCUAGGGUUCAUCUCAUGGGCCAUAUUCACUUGCAGGUCACAAAGAUACGUGCGAAGAAGGGCUUCACAAAAGUAUUUUAUACCCUCGACUCAUAG